CCUUAACCCCCUUCCGACGUUUUCAUUUCUAAACUACCGCAUAGGUCGAUACCUGGAGCAGAUAACUCCCAACCUAGCAUCCGAAGAAUUGUCAUCCAACCACACACUAUUAAACAUUAAGUGAGCGAGGAAACGAACAUUGCAAUGAGGAUCGCUAAAACGCUGCUCUCGUUGGCCCUUGUGGCCAACGCUGCUGUUGCCAGCUCGUGGUUCUCGAAUGCCGCAUACAAUAAGUGGCACGAGACGGAGCUUGAGCGCUGGCUUUCGGACCAUGACGUUCCCUAUCCAACUCCGGCCGACCGCAAGGAGCUCGAGAAGCUUGUGCAGAAGAACUGGGACGAGAAAGUCGUCGAGCCAUACCGCUCCUGGGAUAUCCAGAAGCUCACUGGCUACUUGAAGCAGAAGGGCAUUGAGGCCGAGGAGUCAACUGAGGACACUCGGGAGUCUCUCCUGGCCCGCGUCAAGGGCGCCUGGUACGAGUCGGAAGAAAAGGCUCAGAACGCCUGGUCGAACACCAAGGACUGGAUGCUGGACACUUGGACAGACAGCCAGCUAAAGGCUUUCUGCGACCAUCAUGGGAUCCCCGUUCCCCAGCCCCGCAAGAGGGAUACUCUUCUCCAAAAGAUCCGUGAGAACUAUGAUGCGAUUGCCCAGAAGGCUGGCGACGCCGCUGCUUACCCUGGAAACUGGUUGUAUGAGACUUGGUCUGAAUCCGAUCUGAAGGAGUGGCUUGACACGCACGGAUUCCCAGCACCGCAGCCAACGACUGUAUGUCCCUCCGAACCUGGUCGUUGGAUGAUCGACGGGCUAACACACACCCACCAGCGCGACAAGCUCAUCGCCUCCGUUCGUCGCAACUCUCGCCUUGCCUACCUGCGCAUGCAAGAACAGACCGAAAGCUCCAAGAAGAGCGCCCAGGACGCGUACUCUGCUCUGACCGACAAGCUUAUCGAUUCCUGGGGGGAAUCCCAGCUGAAGGAAUUCUGCGACAAGAACGGCAUCAGUGUUCCCCAAGGUACCAAGCUCAACCAGCUUCGUGCGCUUGUCCGCAAGCACCGCGCCGAAAUCCUGGGCGACACCGUCUCGGGCACUGCUGCCUCUGCGUUCGGUGCUGCCACUUCCAAUGUUGGGUCCGCCGCUUCCAAGGCCACCGACGCCGCAUACCAGGCUGCCCAAGAUGCCUUUGACAAGGCUAUCGAAGCUUGGUCCGACAGUCGCCUGAAGGGUUAUUUGGAUGCCCGUGGAGUGCCCGUGCCCCAAGGCUCCAAGACCAACGAACUGCGCGCCCUCGUGCGCAAGCACGCUCACAAGGCCGCCACCGGCUGGACCGCCUGGACCUGGGACGACCUGAGCUUGGAAAACCUCCGCAGCUACCUUGCCUCGAGUGGUAACGCCGCAGCCAAGAAGGUCGCAGAGAAGACGGGUGCUACGCGCGACGAGCUCGUCGAGGCCGCGCAGGCCGCCUACGCCUCGGCCUCCUCCGCAGGCGGCAGCUCCUACGCGUCCGCAACCAGCUACCUUUCCAAGGCAACCGACACAGCCAAGGCCAACGUGUUUGACACGUGGAGUGAAAGUGAGCUGAAGGCGUACCUGGACAGCUACGGCGUCCCGGUACCGCAGGGGUCGACGCUCAAUGAGCUGCGCGCGCUUGCCCGCCGCCAGCACACAUACUUCAAGUACGGCACCACAACACCCACCGACACGCUCCUCGCUAAGGUGAGGGAAAACGUGAUCGGCGGUUGGGACUGGGUCGCCAAUCAGCUGGGCAUCGGGUCCGACGCUGCCAGGAAGAAGGCCGAGGAGCUAACGGAGCAGGCAAAGGCCAAGGGCGAGAAGGUGCAUAAGGAGCUCUGAACGCCAAGUU